AUGUCUUCCCGGUCCAACAACUCCGUCGUCAUCAUUGGCUCCGGGCCCGGCAUUGGCUCCCACACAGCCGCCAUUUCCGCUUCCAACAGAUUCAACAAGGUCGCUCUCGUGGCCAAAAACCCUGCCAAGCUGGAGAAGGAUGCAGCUUUCGUAACUGCUGCCGCUCCGGGACAGGUUGAGGUCAAGACCUAUCCCACCGACAUCACCGACAGCAAGGGGCUUGCAAAGACCCUUGAGCGGAUCAGCAACGAUCUCGGAACCCCCGAGUUUGUCUUGUUCAACGCGGCCAUUAUUGCUGUGACUCCUCUUUUGGAGGUUGACGACGAGAGCAUCCUCACGGACUUUCAGAUCUCCACCAUCGCUCUGCACAACACCGCCAAGUGGGCGAUUCCUCAGCUGGCUGCCUUGGCUAAGCAGGAUCCUUCCGCCAAGCCGACUCUCAUGGUGACCAACUCUCAUCUUCCCGAGACGCCCUGGGAGGAUCUUUUUUCCCUCUCUCUCUCCAAGGCUUCUCAGAAGAAUUUGACCUUGUCCCUUCGGCAGAAGUUUGGCUCUUUGGGCAUCCACAUCUGCUUGUUGUCUGUUGCUGGAGGGGUUGCCGAUGAGAACCCGAACCUGAACAACAAGAACGUCGCAAAUAAGGCUUGGGAGCUGUAUAGCCAGGAUAAAAGUGCUUGGACUGAGGAAAUUCGCAUUAACCCAUAA